AAAGUACUUUUACAAAGUUUGUAGUGAAUUCCGUGGGAAGUUGAAUAUAGUAUAGUGCAGUCCAUGUAAUGCUAAUAUUAUAACCACACCUAUGUAAAAAGACUAUCGUUGCCCACUUUUUCCUACGAAAGUUCUGCAACUCAUUAUCUUCGUCGACGAUGAUGGACCAAGACGAUAUGACGAUUGAAGAGUAUGUGGAUCUGCUGGAAAACCUGGUGUCCGAAUUUGACAUAUGCGAUUCCGGUGGGGAAGAUGUCUUUGACACUGAUGGAGAAGAUUAUUUCUUGCCUGGUCCAAUUCAGCUACCCAUCAUAUGCCCACUUUGUGAGGGACCAACAGCAGAUAUUGGUGAACAUUCCUUGAGCUCGUUGCCAUGCGGCCAUGCGUUUGGAUGGGGAUGCAUCAACGUUUUCAUUGAGCAUGAGAGUAAGUGUUAUCUGUGUAACGCUCAUAGUGUGUUGAGCGACAUUAAGAUCCUCCUAAUCCAUGGCCAAGUGAAGAUCGAGCAGGCGUGAAGCUUGAAGCAUCCUUCUAAGUGUUACUAUAUUAUUAUGGAUUAUUGUGAUGAUGUAUGCCAUUUCGACCUUUAAGGCAUUAUUUUAUGUAAUGUGAACCUAUUACACUAAUUAAUCUCUGUGUUCUAGGCUAAUUUUAAUUUCUAUGUACCUCCACCUUUAAAAACUUUUAGUGGAUCGCUGUAUUAUGUUAUAUUA